AUGUGGUGCUUUAUUUGGGACAUAAGAGAGUUGAAAGAGUCAGUUUCGAAAUCUUAUCUCGAUCAGCUCAGUGAGUUGUGCCGAUCUUUGGAGGCUAAAGAGAAGGAACUAGCAGGUUUAAAUAGAAUUUCUGCUGAACAAAAACAUGGCAUUGAAGACCUUAAUGAAAGACUUAGUGCAUCUGUGCAGUCCGGUGAUGAAGCUAAUGAAAUAAUUAAUAGACAUAAGAAAGCGAAGGUCCAUUUUCUAGUCAAAGUUCACCUGGGUUCUUGUGGGAAGGGUGGGAAUGCUUAUCUGGCUGAGGCUGAGGAGGAAAUAAAACGAAUAUCAGAUGCUGCAUUGAGACGAGAGAAAGAGCAGCAAGAUGUUAUAAAUAAGCUUCAGGAAGCAGAGAAGGAUAUAUGUUCAUUAGUGGAAACUUUGAGGUCCAAAUUGUUCGCCAACUGGAGGCUCAAAUUCGAAAGAAGCAGCGUGCUUUUGCCAGCAAUAGAAAAGUAUACUUGCUUCCUGUUGCCUGCUUUGAGAAUCUACUAUCUAAACUGUUAUUUAUGGCUUGUCGAUCUAUCUACAUGA